AUGGAAGAUUUUAGCAAUGAUGAUAUCAAUUACUUUAUUGCAAAGUUAAGUGAAGACUGUUCAAAAUCUUUCUUUGAUAAUUAUUAAAAUGAUUCCUAACUUUUGGGAAUAAAAUGUAUUUAAUUACACGUAUCAUUUAGUGGAUGAAUAGAUAAUAAAAUCUAUUAGAGAUAAAGAAGAGAUGAUGAAGACAAUGUUUGAUUUUCUAAGUAUUUGGAUAUGACAAAUUUAGAUUAUAUUUUUAAUAAAUAGCAAAAAGUUCUGGCUGAUUAUGAAGAUCUGAAAAUUUAAGGUGAACAUAGUCUUUUGGUUUUGAAAUAAGAAAUAUAAUAAAAUCAAUAUUAAAUAGAACAAUUAUAAGUAAUUUGAUAUUUAAAUCCUAGACUUUGAAUGAGGAAAAUUAAGAAAAAAAUUAGCAAUUUCUUGACUAGAUAUAAGAAUUAAAAAAUUAGUUACAACAAAAGAAAUCUGAAAUUUUUUAAAUGAAAUAAAAUGAAGGGAGAAUAAGCCAAAAUCAUUAAGUAAUUUAUUCCAAUUUAUUUAAAAGUCUCAUGAAAUCAAACCACAAGAACAAAAAGAGUAAUUAUAGAGUCUCUAAACUAAAGUACAACAGCUUGAAGAAAAUAACAGCAGAUUUAAAAGCGAAGCCAUAGCCUCAUUUAAUUUAUUGAGAUAAUACGAGAUGAAAUAAAAGGAUUAUGAAGAUAAAAUUGAAAUUUUAGAAUUGCAAUUAAAAAGUAAUCAAUUUAUUUAGUUAAGAUAAUUAAAGAGAAAAAGAAAAAUUGUCUAAAUAAUAUGAGGAAUUAUUCAAGAAAUAACAAUCAGAAAUUAUUACAUCUACUUAAAUUGGCAUAAAUAACAACUCUCCUCAAAAAUCAAUUCAAAAGAAUUGUACUUAUUCUACCAAUAGAAACAAUCAUCAAACGAUAAAAAAGUUAAAGGGACAAGGCGGUUAUUAGAAUUAACCAAAAUUAGAAUAAAUCUAAAAAAAAAUCAAUAAUUUUCCUGAGUCUGAAAGCGAAUCUGAUGAUGAUAAUUAAUAAAACAGUGGAAAAACUUUGAAAUAGGAAAAGAACGAAAAAAAAAACAUUUAAAAAGAGCUGAAUACUUUAAAAAUAAAAAUUGAAGAAUUAGAAAAAUAAAAGGCAGAAAUGGAAAAAGAAUUGAUUUAAAACAAAGAAAUGAUUUCAAAUUAAGACACAAAAAUUAGAUAAUUAGAAACAAAUUUAAAAAAGAUGAAUCUAAGAUCAAACUAGUUGGAGAAGAAAGUUACAAAUUUGACAGAAGGUAAACUUGAAUAAUACUUUUAGAGAAAAAUGCUUUAGAAGAUUCUUAUAAGCAAGAAAAAUUAUUAGAAUAAGAUCAAUUAAAGAAAUAGAGUGAAGAUUUUAUGAUUAAGAUUAAAUUUUUAUAAAAUGAGAAUUAAUAACAAGCAUUAUAACUAAAGGAAUUAAACUAAUAUCGAAAUGAAUAUUAUGAACUACGUUUAUGUAAUCGCUUAUUAUAAAUAGAUUUUAUCAGAAAAUCUGAAAGAGGAAGACAAAAUGGAUGCAUUAUUGAGGGACCAUGAAUCUGCAGAAACUGCGCAUAGAUAAAGUAAAUAUAUAAAAUAAUUUAGUGUAAAAACAAUAUGAUUAGUAACUCUAUUAAAUAAACCUCAAUUAAAUUCUAAAUAUCUCUGAUGCUGAUUUGAUUUUUACAAGAGCAAGAAGUAAUGCAAGUGUCUUUAAAAAAAAGGAUAUCCCUAUUGAAUAAACUGAUAUUUUUAAAAAAAAACUGAAAGAAAAGCUAGAUCAAAGUUUAAAGAGUGCUCNCAAAAAGAGUAAUUAUAGAGUCUCUAAACUAAAGUACAACAGCUUGAAGAAAAUAACAGCAGAUUUAAAAGCGAAGCCAUAGCCUCAUUUAAUUUAUUGAGAUAAUACGAGAUGAAAUAAAAGGAUUAUGAAGAUAAAAUUGAAAUUUUAGAAUUGCAAUUAAAAAGUAAUCAAUUUAUUUAGUUAAGAUAAUUAAAGAGAAAAAGAAAAAUUGUCUAAAUAAUAUGAGGAAUUAUUCAAGAAAUAACAAUCAGAAAUUAUUACAUCUACUUAAAUUGGCAUAAAUAACAACUUUACUCACAAUUCUCCUCAUAAGUCAACUCGAAAGAAUAGUACUUAUUCUACCAAUAAUAACAAUCAUGAAACAAUAUAGAAAUUAAGACGAUAAAGUGGGUUUUUGAAUUAACCAAAAUUAGAAUAAAUCCAAAAAAAAAUCAAUAAUUUUCCUGAGUCUGAAAGUGAAUCUGAAGAUGAUAAUUAAUAAAACAGUGGAAAAACUUUGAAAUAGGAAAAGAACGAAAAAAAAAACAUUUAAAAAGAGCUGAAUACUUUAAAAAUAAAAAUUGAAGAAUUAGAAAAAUAAAAGGCAGAAAUGGAAAAAGAAUUGAUUUAAAACAAAGAAAUGAUUUCAAAUUAAGACACAAAAAUUAGAUAAUUAGAAACAAAUUUAAAAAAGAUGAAUCUAAGAUCAAACUAGUUGGAGAAGAAAGUUACAAAUUUGACAGAAGGUAAACUUGAAUAAUACUUUUAGAGAAAAAUGCUUUAGAAGAUUCUUAUAAGCAAGAAAAAUUAUUAGAAUAAGAUCAAUUAAAGAAAUAGAGUGAAGAUUUUAUGAUUAAGAUUAAAUUUUUAUAAAAUGAGAAUUAAUAACAAGCAUUAUAACUAAAGGAAUUAAACUAAUAUCGAAAUGAAUAUUAUGAACUACGUUUAUGUAAUCGCUUAUUAUAAAUAGAUUUUAUCAGAAAAUCUGAAAGAGGAAGACAAAAUGGAUGCAUUCCUGAGGGACCAUGAAUCUGCAGAAACUGCGCAUAGAUAAAGUAAAUAUAUAAAAUAAUUUAGUGUAAAAACAAUAUGAUUAGUAACUCUAUUAAAUAAACCUCAAUUAAAUUCUAAAUAUCUCUGAUGCUGAUUUGAUUUUUACAAGAGCAAGAAGUAAUGCAAGUGUCUUUAAAAAAAAGGAUAUCCCUAUUGAAUAAACUGAUAUUUUUAAAAAAAAACUGAAAGAAAAGCUAGAUCAAAGUUUAAAGAGUGCUCUUAUGUCAGAGUAGAACACUUCAGAUAUUUUAUAAAAGACACUACUUUAAUUAAAUGAAUAUGAAUUAUAAUUGAAAAAAAUUUAAGAAGAGAAUUAAAAAUUUAAACUAGAAAUUGAUGAACAAAAAAAAAACAUUGAUUUGUUGAAUUUUAAAAAUAGAGAGCUUGAAAAUUAAAAUAGUAAAGAGAAAAUUGAAAUGAAUCAAAAAAUAAAUAGUUUGUAUAACACUUUGGAUUAAUAGUUAAAGUAUAUCAAAUAUCUCAAUGAAAAAAAUAUUAAAUAGAGUAAAUUAAUGGAUGACUAAGCCAAAAUGUAUAAACAAGAAAUAGAUAGAUUAAAUGACAGAAAUGAAAAUCAGUAAUUAAAAUUAGAUCAGGCCUUAAUAGAGAUUUAACAUCUAACAACAGAUUAUAAAAUAGCUAAAAUAAAGAGUGAUAAUGAUAUUAAAAGCUUAACUGAUAGAAAUACUAAAUUGUAAAAUUAAUAUGACUUACUUUUAAAAUAUAAGGAACAAUAAGAGUCAGAAUUUAAUAGUAUUAACGAUAUUAAUUCUAAAAUGGAAUAAACCUUGUAAGCUGUAAUUGAAAAUUAUUCAGAUUUUGAAUAGAAAUGUGCAAAUUUAGAGAACGAAAAUAGAUAAAUUGAAUAAAGAGAUAAUUAAAUUUAAGCAGAAUUAGAAAUAGAAAAAGAAAAAUAUUUUAAAAAGUAGAUUGAAUUAGAAAGUUACAAAAUAGAUGUAGAAAAAUAAAAAGAAGAAAAUUUAGUAAAGUACAAUCGUAUUGAAUAAGAUAAAAAUCAAACAAUCGAAGAAAACAACGAGUUGAAAACUACGAUUGACAAGUUAGAAAUGAAUGAGACUCAAUUGAAUUAAUAAAAUGAAUAAUUUAAUAAGAAGAUCGCGCAAUUAAUUAAUUAGAAUGAAGAGAAUUAGUAAAAAAUAAAUUUACAAGAAGAAGAGAAGUAUAAAAUACAUUCACUAGAAGAAAAAUACUGA